AUGUUUUUGAGGAGCGGAAUCGAAAAGAUACUCGCCGACCGGGACAUCAAACGGAAAGAAAACCAAGAGCUGAAGAAAGCGUGUGAAACUGCAUUGGGUUUGUUUUUUCGAAAAACAACAUUAAAAUGUUCAAAUUUUGCUUAUAUAUCUCUACUUUGGCUGAAAGAAGUUAAAAAUCACAAAUUUCAUUGCAAAAUUUGUUGAAAAGCUCAAACAAACCGAAAACAUCCGUCACAAUGGUUGAUAUUUAACAUUUACUCUCAUUAUAAAAUCCUUUCAGAAAAAUUAAACAACUUUUAACAAAACGUUGUACCUAACAAAGUUUGUUAAAAACUUCAUAAUAGUGGGGGACAACGUAAACCCUGAGUAUCCAGGAUAACCGCAAAAAAAAAAAUCAUUUUCGCUUCCAAAAUUUCUCAAAAAACGAGUCCAAGUACUUUUAGGUGAGCUAAAAGCGGCAGAAGAAAACGAUGCGCCACCGGCAAGCACGAACGGAGAGCACCUGCCGGACGCGGGCAUCUCCGUCGAAGCCGACCGAUAUUUCCUGCCAUUCGAGCUCGCGUGCAACUCAAAAAGCCCUCGGAUAGUGAUAACAGCACUGGAUUGUCUCCAGAAGUUGAUAGCAUACGGACAUUUGACCGGAAAAGGAGUGGACACUUCCAAUCCGGAAAGGAAGCUGAUCGAUCGGAUUGUCGAGGCGAUUUGCGCGCCGUUCGUUGGCCAGGGCAGUGAUGAACAAGUGCUUUUGCAAAUAAUCAAGGUAAUUGGUGUGCAGAAUGUUCUGGAAAUACUAAAAACCACAUUUCAGGCAGUGUUAGCCGUCGUACUGUCCACACAUUGCGAAGUGCACAAAGACUCGCUGAUUCUGGCGGUUCGCACUUGUUUCAACAUUUAUUUAGCCUCCAAAAGUCCCAUUAAUCAGGCAACAGCUAAAGCCACGCUCACACAGGUUCGGGUUUAUUUCAAUACCAAAAAAAAAGGGAAAAGUUGUAGGUAAUUAACGCAGUAUUCGGAAACAUGGAAGUGUUCGGAAAUCUGAAAGACGACAAUACAAUUGUGAAAGAAGUGAUCGAAAUGUUGGUGUCUUCUACAGUAUCCAACGAGCUGAACGACGAGAGAAGUGAAGGAGACACCCGACGGAACGGAUCGACGAUGGGAGAAUCGGAAGCGCCGACAGACGAUCAGUUCACUUUUGUGAAUGCGUAUCAGAAAGACGCCUUCCUCGUAUUCCGCGCUCUUUGUAUUCUAGCUCAGAAGGAGGAAACGAGCGGCCCGUCGAAUGAAGUGAGCCUCAGAUCCAAACUGCUCGCUCUCGAAAUGCUCCUCCUUGUGCUCCAAAACUCGGGACCCGUACUUCAGAACAAUCAGCCGUGUAUUUAUGUGAUCAAAAAGAUUCUCUGCGUCGCGCUCUCCAAUAACGCCGUCAGUGUCCACGUGCAAGUCAUCGAAAAGUCGCUGGCCAUCUUCGUGGAGCUUCAGGACAAGUUCAAAGCGCAUUUGAAGGCGCAAAUCGAGGUGUUCCUCAGCGAAAUCAUACUCUCGAUGCUCGGAUCGGCGACGUGUCCGUUCGAGCAGAAAUGGAUCGUGCUCAACACGAUUGGCAAGAUUCUGGCGAAUCCCCAGUCGGUCGUUGAUAUGUUCGUCAAUUACGACUGUGAUAUGACGUCGGCGAAUCUGUUCAAAUCGAUCGUCGACGUGGUUUCCAAGACGACCCGAACCACGAUCAACGAGAAUGCGCCGCCUGCGCAAAAGGAGAAGUGAGUGGCCUCAGAAAAUAUUGAAAUGUUUAAAAAGUUGCAUUUUUCAGGGAAAGAGCGAUGCGCCUGCUAGGUCUGAGCUGCCUGACCGACCUGCUCCAGUGCCUCGUCGACUGGUUCCAAGUGUGCGAAGUGGCCAAAUUGAAGAACGAUCUGAAAGAUUCGGAAGCCGACGAGCAGACUGAAGACAGCUUCGAACGAUUUGAGCAUCUCAAACUCCAAAAGGACGCUCUCGAGCUCGGAAUCCAGAUUUUCAAAGAGAAGCCCAAAAAAGGACUGAAAUUCCUACAAGAGAAGGGAUUUGUGGGCGCCGAUCCGGUAGAGGUCGCUGAUUUUAUGCUCAAAGAGGAUCGGUUGAAUAAGACACAAGUGGGAGACUUUUUGGGCGAUUCUGACGAGUUUAACAACAAAGUCAUGCACGCCUACAUUGAUUUUCUUGACUUUUCCUCGCUGGACAUCCUCGCCGCACUCCGACUCUUCCUCGAAAAGUUCCGAUUGCCCGGAGAAGCGCAAAAAAUCGACAGGCUCAUGCUGAAAUUCGCCUCGCGAUACCUGGACUGCAAUCCGCGGCAAGGGAUCUUCGCUUCCGCCGACGCCGCCUACGUACUCGCCUUCUCGAUCAUCAUGCUCACGACGGAUCUGCACAACAAGACGGUGAAGAAUAAGAUGACGCAGCAGCAGUACAUCAACAUGAACCGAGGAAUCAACGAGGGCGGAAACAUCCCGAGCGAUCUGCUUGAAGCAAUUUACGAGGAUAUCUCGAAGAAUGAGAUCAAGAUGCGGGCGGGCGCCACGGAUUUGCUCAAAAGUCGUCUGACACCGGGACAAGGGAAUCUGGCGACGGACAAAGAGCGCAAGGCGAUGGCCGCACUCGAAAUGGAGGCGAUGAGCGAAACGGCGAGGGCUCUCAUGGAGAACGUCUCGGACGCCGACGCAUUCUUCGUUCCCGCCCAACACCAACAUCAUGUGAAGCCAAUGUUCGAGCACUGCUGGAGAAACUGCCUCGCCGCGUUCUCCGUCGGCGUUCAAAUGUCCGAUGAUGAUGAAGAAUGGGCAUUGUGCCUACGAGGAUUCAGGUUGGGAAUCCGUGCAGCGUGUGUGCUCAAGGCCAUAGAUGAAAGGAAGGCUUUUAUACAAGCCCUCGCGAGAUUUACCCUCUUGACCACUAAAAAUUCGCUUAGUGAGAUGAGAGUGAAGAAUAUUGAAGCCAUCAAACUGCUUUUGCUGAUUGGAGACGAAGACGGAGAGUAUCUGGAGGAGAACUGGUACGAUGUGAUGAAGUGCGUCAGCUCGUUGGAAGUCGUCCAGCUCAUCGGCACCGGACUCAGCGCCGCUCACUCGAACGACGGGGACAGUAGUAAGCAGUACGUGUUGAAGGCGACGGGCGGUCUCGACGAACGGACACUUCAUACCCUCCAAGACGCACUCGGAGAGACGUCGAGUCAGUCGGUCGUCGUCGCCGUCGAUCGAAUCUUCAACGGAUCUUCGCGGCUCUCCGCAGACGCUAUUGUUCAUUUCGUCCGAGCGCUUUGUGCAGUCUCCAGGGAGGAGCUUUCGAAUCCACAAGCGCCACGCAUGUUCUUGCUAGGAAAAGUCGUCGAAGUCGCGUUCUAUAACAUGAACAGAAUCCGAUUGGAAUGGUCGCGAAUAUGGCAGGUGAUCGGAGAGCACUUCAACGCCGCUGGCUGCAACACCAACGAAGGAGUCGCGCAUUUCGCCGUCGACGCUCUUCGUCAGCUUUCCAUUAAAUUCCUGGAGAAAGGGGAAUUGCCAAAUUUCCGAUUCCAAAAAGACUUCCUGCGGCCGUUCGAGGUGAUCAUGUCGAAAAACAAGCAUGAUCCGACGAGAGACCUCGUCGUGAGAUGUUGUGCGCAACUCGUCGACGCACAUUCCUCGCAACUCAAGUCCGGAUGGCAGAACCUUUUCUCGGUGUGGAACUUGGCCGCCAGUGACAGAUGCAUGGAAAUAGUGGAGACGUCCUUCCUGACGGCGCAGCAAGUCAUCUCCACGAGGUUCAAAGACGACUUCCCGUCGAUUCUCGACUCGUUCCAGGAGGCGCUCAAGUGUCUGCAGGAGUUCGCGUGCAAUGCGAAUAUGCCCGAUAUGAACAUGGAGGCGAUUCGGCUCAUCAGGCUUUGUGCUGAGUUAGCAGUGCUAGAAAUUGAAGAAAUAUAUCCUCCCUCAUUCCAGAUAUGUCUCGAAAAACAGCGAAAAGAUUGCGGAAGUAUCACGAGAAGACCUCUACGGAUUGUCUCCCGAUCAGCACGUGUGGGUGUGCGGAUGGUUCCCGAUCUUCUUCGAGCUCAAAUGCAUCAUAAACCGGUGCAAACUGGACGUUCGCACGCGCAGUCUCACCGUCAUGUUCGAAAUCAUCAAACAUCACGGCGGCGAGUUCCGUCCCGAGUGGUGGAAAGAGCUGUUCGACGUCGUCUUCCGCAUUUUCGACCCUUCCAAAAUGGACGAUCAUCGUAGUGAUGUAUGCAAUUUCUGUUCACUUUUUGUAAAAAAAAUUCAGUCCUUUUCAGAAACGCGAAUGGAUGUCAACGACUUGCAAUCACGCAAUGCUCAGCGUCGUCGAAGUGUUCACCCAGUUCUUCACUCAACUGUCUACCCUGGCUCUUCCGAUGAUCUACAAGCAAUUCGGCAUCUUUAUCCGACAGCGUAAGUGCGCGGGAAAAGUACUAACAUCGUAGAAUCGUUUUCAGAAAACGAACAGCUCGCUCGAUGCACAAUCAGCUGCCUCGAAUCGCUGAUCUCACAGAACGGCGAGCGAUUCACCGAACAAAUGUGGCAGCAGACGAUUGAAUUGAUCCGCGAGCUCUUCUCGGCCACCCUCCCACGCUCCCUUCUCACCUGGGAACCGCCAACGCAUCACAACGGAAUCGUCGGCCCGUCGGCGGAAGAACGAACGAACGGCUCCGACGCACUGUUCACCGAGCAGAUCGUUUUCUGUGUCGUCCAGAGCGAACUCGUCGAGGCGGUCUCGCGAAUAGUGCUCGGAGACCAUCGGGAAGCGACGAGGAGUCUGCAGGCCGACGGACUUUUUGCCGAAAUGCAUCCGCUUCUGCUGAUGAGCAUUUGUGAUGCACUCGCGGAGAGUCACAAGCUCGCCAAACAGUUUAACGAUAAUAACGGACAGAGAACACUGCUGUGGAAGGCGGGGCUCAGAGGAUCUUCCAAACCGAACCUCAUCAAGUAGGUUGAAAGAGUUGACAGAUAACUAUAAUGAUAUACGUGAUGUUCUCACAGAAAAGUGCAAAUUUCCAAGUACUUUCAGACAAGAGACUCAAUCGCUGAGUGCGAUGCUCGCCAUCAUCCUCAGGCUCCUCUACGAUCCGCGUGCUCAAGAGAAACAGAUUGCCGACGAGAUUGCCAUUCGAGUUUUAGAGUAAGAUCCUCGCUCCUCCACUCACAAUCCCCAUUUUCCCCAUUUUCAGAGUAGUAUCGCUGGCGCUCAAUGGCUACGGAGAGGCCGAAUCGGACACGCGGCGGACGGCCUACGGCCCCGUUAUUUGCGAAUUGCUCAGAGAAUGCAUAAAACUGCCGACAGAACUGCUGCCAGCGCUCGGACAAGAAUUUUCGUUAAAGUAAGCAAUUUCUAUGCAGUUUCCUACCAGAAACCUGAAAUUUUGCAGACUUUGUGAUCUUGUGGAAAGUGCGGAAGGACAGCAGAUGCGACGGCUCCUCGCCGAUCUUCUCCGCCGACAUCUCACGCUCCGACAAUAA